AGCUGUGUCACAACAUCCGCAAGAGAAGAAGAAGAAAGAACUUCCGGAAGUCAAAGGUGAUCUUCGUAUUUGAAAACAUGGAUCCCAACAAAGUGAAUGAAGCAUCAGGCAAGAUGAGUGGUGAUGGAGACAUGGCAUCUGUCAUGGGAUUCUCUGGGUUUGGUAAGAAGGCCCGGACCUUUGACCUGGAUGCCAUUUUUGAACAGACGCGUCGAACAGCCAUUGAGAGGAGUCAACAUGUGUUAGAGGAACGGCAUAAGGACAGUCAGAUGGAGGAAGAAGGGGAGAGCUCCAAAUCAGUCAAGCCAUCAGUCCACAGAGACAAAGCUGCUGCUGCAUCUAGAAAACAGGAGAGUGAGAGCAGUAGUGACUCUGACUCGGAUUCGGAUUCGGACUCGGACUCAGAGCUCAUUGGGCCUCCACUGCCUCCUCAAUUUACAGCCAAGGACGAUGAUGAUGACGAGCGUGUGAGACUUCCUCGCAGGCCAGGGCACACAGACAGCACGGCUUCCAGUGAUGAAGAUGAUGAGGAGGAGGCACAAGAUGAGGAUGAUGAUAAUCCAGUGAAGAAGAUUCCAGACACUCAUGAGAUUACUCUGCAGCACGGCACCAAGACGGUAUCGGCUCUUGGCUUGGAUCCCUCCGGAGCCCGUCUGGUGACCGGCGGGUAUGAUUAUGAUGUUCGGUUCUGGGAUUUUGCCGGGAUGGACCAGGCCCUGCAGGCCUUCCGAUCCCUCCAGCCUUGUGAGUGCCAUCAGAUCAAGUCCCUCCAGUACAGCAUGACUGGUGAUGUCAUCCUGGUAGUUUCUGGCAACGCACAGGCCAAAGUGUUGGACCGUGAUGGCUUCAAUGUCAUGGAGUGUAUAAAGGGAGACCAGUACAUUGUGGAUAUGGCCAACACCAAGGGCCACACGGCGAUGCUGAAUUCCGGCUGCUGGCAUCCAAAGAUUAAGGAAGAAUUCAUGACCUGCUCCAAUGAUGGCACUGUACGCACAUGGGACCUGAACUCUGAGAAGAAGCACAAGUCUGUGUUCAAACCGCGCUCCUUCCAGGGAAAGAAGGUCAUCCCCACAUGCUGCACCUACAGCCGCGAUGGGAAGCUCAUUGCAGCAGGCUGCCAGGAUGGCACCAUCCAGAUCUGGGACAGAAACCUCAGCGUCCAUACAAAGUUCCACUGCCGACAAGCACACAUUCCGGGAUCAGACACCUCAUGUCUCUCCUUUUCCUAUGAUGGCAUGACUCUCGCUUCACGGGGAGGCGAUGACACUCUGAAGAUGUGGGACAUACGCAACUUUAAGAAGCCUGUGAAUGUAGCGACUGGACUGACCAACUACUUUGCAAUGACUGACUGCUGUUUUAGCCCGGAUGACAAACUUCUUGUAACGGGGACCUCGGUGAAGAAAGACGAAGGAAAUGGGAAGCUGGUUUUCUUUGAUCGGGCCUCCUUUCAUCGGGGCUAUGAAAUCGAGGUCACAAAUGCAAGCGUCAUCCGCUGUUUGUGGCAUCCAAAACUUAACCAGAUAAUGGUUGGAACUGGUAAUGGACUGGCCAAGGUCUACUAUGACCCAGUGAAAAGCCACAGGGGGGCUAAGCUGUGUGUAGUGAAGAGCCAACGGAAAGAGAAACAAGCGGAGACGCUAACACAAGAUUACAUCAUCACACCUCAUGCCUUACCCAUGUUCAGAGAGGCCCGGCAGCGGAGUACACGAAAACAGCUGGAGAAGGACAGACUCGACCCAAAGAAAUCCCACAAACCCGAGCCUCCUGUGUCUGGACCAGGUCGUGGAGGAAGAGUAGCAGCUCAUGGCGGCACCCUGUCUUCAUUCAUCGUGAAGAACAUCGCUUUAGAUAAAACGGAUGACAGUAACCCGCGAGAGGCCAUCCUGCGCCACGCCAAGGAGGCUUCAGAUAACCCUUACUGGGUCGCCCCGGCGUACACGGUGACCCAGCCAGAGCCCGUGUUUGCAGAGGAAUCCGAGGAGGAUGAGGAGGCCGACAAGGAACCGGAGUGGAAGAAACGCAAAAUCUGAGGCGCUUCAGCAGCAGCUCAUUUUAAACAGGAUCGCUGACAGAGUGGGCUUGUGGUUGGAUAUACAGCACCACAAGGUCUCAGGAUCAGUCCGAGAACACUGAGCUACUGUCAGAAACCGUGCAUGGGAGCAUCAGUUAAAUUACUAAACUGCACAGCCUCUGUCCUCCCUUAGUUUCGUUUCUUUUUAAGCGUGUAUGUAUUUAUGUGGAUGUUUCUCUUAGUUUAUGUGGGUAGCACAUAAAUGUGAAGGCAUUUUCGCUGCGCAAGCACAGUAUAAUUUUAUACAGGUUUACGUUCCUCUCUUUGCAAUUCAUCAACCACUAGAAGAACUCAGCUUUUUAUGUCCGUUUUGAUUAUAUAGACUUUAUUUUCAUCAUUUCUAUUGUCCUCUCCUCCCACAUCUCCAGAGUUUGCUAAUGCCUCAUAAAUCGACUCCAGACUUUGUGGUCUGGGUCUGUUCAUCAGCUAUGAAGAACACUCUUCUGGUUUGUAAGUAGUAAAUUCUGAAGAUGUACAAACAAUUCCAGCCAACUGUUUUUUCUAUCUUAAAGUUUACAGUUUUUAAAGCUGUACACUUUCCCUGGAUGUGAUUCAGCCAUCUGCUAAUUUAGGUGUUUUUCUACGUGCUGUAUUUCACCUUGAAACCUAAAUAAACAAAUUUGUAUUCUCUUGUCA